AUGACAAGAUAUUCCAGCAUUUAUUAUUUUCUAUUUAUUAUUCUUAUUAUAUUAAAUAAAAUCUUAUCGAAAAGUAUAACAUUCAGUUAUCGUACAUGUUUACCAAAUAUAAAUUUAUUACAUAUUGAACAAUAUCAUCCAUUGAACAGUCAAUUCUUUCGACUUGUAACAAAAGAUUUUCAUUUACAUAUUAUUUAUACAUAUGAAAAUGAAACAAUUGAUUAUAAAUUUGGAAAUUUUAAUUUUUCAUUACCAUAUUCAGCUAGUUUUGAUUAUCAAUUUCAAACAGCUAUUGAUUAUUAUCAUGAAAUUGAUACAUGGCAUUAUGUUAAUAUAACAUUUGAUGAUUAUCAAUCGAAAGUAUUUAUAUCAUUUAAUGGUGAUGAAACACGUUUAAUACCUUUAAUUAAUUAUCGUAAUAAAAAUUUAACAACAACAAAAUUAAAUGUUAAUGUUCUUGUUGAUGAACAACAAACAAAUGUGACAUGUUUAUUACCUUAUUCAGGUUUUGAGACUAAUUAUCAAAAUUGUUUAAUUAAUAUUAAAACUUGUGAAUAUCAAACAUGUACUUCAAUAAAUAAUGCAGAACAGUAUUGUCCACUCUUUAAAAUAUUUGAUUGUCGACCAUUUACAGAUUUGGAAUGUGGUUUAAAAACAAUACCUGUUCGUUGUUUAACAAAUCAUUGUCAAAAUCGUGGUAUUUGUUAUGUUGAUCUAUUACGAAAUCUUACUCAAUGUGUUUGUCCAUCUGGUUUUGCUGGUAAUCAAUGUCAAUAUCAAAUUGAUGAAUGUCAAUCAAGUCCAUGUCCGAAACAUAGUCACUGUAUUGAUUUACCAAAUAGUUAUACAUGUGUUUGUGAUCCUGGAUGGACUGGUAUUGAUUGUUCAGAAGAUAUCGAUGAAUGUAAAACAAUACAACCAUGUAAAGCAGCACGAACUUGUAUUAAUCUCCCAGGAACAUAUAAAUGUGAUUGUUUUGAUAAUUUUGGUGGACAAAAUUGUGAAAUGUCACUUGAUCCAUGUUUAUCACAACCAUGUUUGAAUGAUGCAUUAAAAUGUCAUCCAAUUCUCGAAAGUGAUAAUGUUGUUUUUCGUUGUACAUGUCAAGCUGGUUUUACGGGUCCACGAUGCGAAACAAAUAUUAAUGAUUGUGAAGGUAUUAUUUGCCCAAAAAAUAAUACAUAUUGUAUAGAUGGAUUGAAUUCAUUUGAUUGUCAAUGUAAAUCAAAUUUUAAACGAAAUCGAGAUGGUUUAUGUGUAGAACAAAAUCCUUGUAAUUCAUCUCCAUGUCAUUCAAAUGCUACUUGUUACAAUUUGAAUGGUGGGGAAUAUCGUUGUAUGUGUCCACCGACAUAUACAGGUAUUCGAUGUGAUCAAGAUAUUGAUGAAUGUAGUGUUUUUCCAUCGAUAUGUCGAAAUGGAGGAACAUGUGUAAAUGAAAUUGGUUCAUAUCGAUGUUAUUGUGCAUCAGGUUGGAUUGGCUCGACAUGUGCGAAAGCUAUUGAUUAUUGUCUUUCACAGCCUUGUAAUCAAAAUGGCACAUGUAUCAAUAAAAUAAAUGGAUUUGAAUGUCGAUGUUUAUCAACAUUUACAGGUGAUGUAUGUCAAAAUGAUAUUGAUGAAUGUCUCGUAAAUCCAUGUAUGAAUAAUGGAACUUGUUAUAAUUAUAUGGGUGGUUUUCAUUGUAAAUGUUCGACAGGAUAUUAUGGUGAUCAUUGUGAAUAUUCACCAGCUGAAUGUCAACGUUUACAACAAGCAAAUUUAUCAAUAAAAUGUACGGAUCCUCAGUUAUGUAUUGUAAAUGAUACAGAAAAAUUAAAUCAAAUAAAUCAAUUAUCAUCGUAUACAUGUAAAACAGAACGCACGAAAAUACUUGAUACCUAUUUUACAUGUAUCAAUGAACAACUUUUAAAUACAUGUCAUUGUCCUUCGGAUCUAAUUUCAUGCAUCGAUAAUCAUCUUCAAUCAAAAUAUUGUGGUUGUCAAAAUGGUGGAACUUGUUUUUGGACUAAUUCUACCAAUUAUCGUUGUUAUUGUCCACCGGGUCUAACUGGUGAAGAUUGUCUUAAUGACAUCAAUCUUUGUUCAAGUCAACCAUGUUAUAAUAAUGGAACAUGUUUUCCUCAUUUAAAUACAUUUACAUGUCAAUGUCCAACAUAUACUAAAGGUAUUUAUUGUCAAGAAUUUAUUGAUCCAUGUGAACAUAAUCCUUGUUUGAAUAAUGGUCAAUGUCAACCUAUCAAUAAUACCUAUCAAUGUAAUUGUACAUCGAAUUAUAUAGGUAAUCAUUGUGAAUUAUAUCAAACAUCAUGUUUAUCUCAACCAUGUCAAAAUCAUGGACAAUGUUUUGAUCGUAAUAAUAAUACAUUUGAAUGUCAAUGUCCAUUUAAUUAUCAAGGAAAAUUAUGUGAAGAAUCUAUUGAUCUAUGUAAAACAACAUCAAAUACAAGUCUUUGUUUAAAUGGUGGAUUAUGUCAAAUAAUGAAUCGUACAAUACAAUGUAUAUGUUUACCUGGUUUUACAGGUUUAUUUUGUGACGUAAAUAUUGAUGAAUGUUACACAAAACCAUGUUCACCACAUGGUGAAUGUCUUGAUUUAAUUAAUGGUUAUCAAUGUCAAUGUAAAUCUGGUUAUUAUGGUUAUAAUUGUGAUCGUCAACAAAAAGAAUUUAGUAAAUCAUUAAUACAAAUACGUUCAAGUCUUUUGUCAACAUUUCAUUUACGUAAUUCAUCAAUAAAUAUAUCAAAAAUUUUACCAUAUCGUUCAUCAUUAAUACCAAUACGUAUACAAUAUGAAUUUCGUACAACAUUAAAACAAAUUUCACUUCUUGCUAUUGGAAAACGUUUUCAACAAGAAUUAAUAUCUAAUCGAAUAGUAACAAAUUUAGAUAAUAAAAUUAUGUUAUCAACAUUUAUUGAUAAUCAAGAUCAAUGGAUUAUGAUUAUUAUUGAAGUAUAUCAAUUAUGGAUUGAUGUACGUAUUGGUAAAAAUUCCAUGUCACAACGAUUUUAUAUUCGAAAUUCUUCACUUGAAUAUGAACUUCAAAAAGAAAUUAUAUUUGGUUAUAGAAAUUAUUCGGGUUGUAUACGACAAGUUGAAAUUUCUUAUAGUCAAGCAUAUUCAAUUCUAUUAACAGAUCAAUUAGUAGAAAUGAAUGAAAAUACAACAGUUGGAUGUCAUAGAACGAAUGCGUGUGAAACUGCUGUUUGUAGAAAAAAUGAAUUAUGUCAUGAUCAUUGGUUUUAUUAUACAUGUCAAUGUCAAUCUCCAUUUUUUGGUGAACAAUGCGAUCAAAUUGCUCCAAUUGUAAAAUUUAACCAAUCAAGUUUAGUUGAUAUUUCUUCAUCGUCGCCUAUUUCAAAUAUAUCAUUCUUUUUUAAUACACUUCAAUCAAAUGGAACAUUAUUUGAACUUUUUUCUUCUUCUUCUUCAAAAUCAAUUCGAUUUACUCGUGAUAUAACUUCACAAAAUCGUUCAUUUGUAAAAAUUCUCGGUACAUUAGUCAAUGGUCGUUUUCAUUUGAUUGUUAUUGAUAAUGAACCUAAAUCUGAAGAGUAUGAAUUACGUAAUGAACAAAAAUUAGAUGAUGGUCAUCCACAUCAAAUUCAACUUGAUUUAAAUAAUAAUCGUUUGAUUAUUGAUGGAAUCUAUAAUGAAUCAUUAAUAAAAUUAAAUCAUAGAAUUAUACCAGAUAAACUUCGAUUGAAUCCAGAUAAGACAUUAAGCGGUUGGUUACAAGAUUUAAGAAUUAAUAAUCAACUUAUUUCACUUGAUAACACAAGUCAAUCAACAAAAGAUUUAAAUGUUACAAGUUUUAAUACAGAAAAAUUAGAAAAUAAUCCUUGUUAUCCACAUAAUCCAUGUCAAAAUCAAGGGACUUGUCUGGUCACAAAUUCACAUGACUACUUAUGUCAAUGUGAAUCAAAUUGGUUUGGUCAAAAUUGUACACAAAUUAAUAUAUGUAAUAAUAAUAACAGUAGUCUUUGUCCAGAUGGAUUUAUUUGUAAAACAAUUGAUAAUAAUAAUCAAGAAUGUUUAGCAACUGGAACAUUUGAAGGAAAUUCAAGUCAUUUAAUAGGUUUAUUUAAUUAUAGUUCAAUAUUAACAAAUGAAUUAUCAUUUCAUCUUCGUGCUCAUGUCCAAUCAGGACAUUUAUUAACAAUAAAAAAUGUUUUGAAUUCAAAAUAUUUUUCCUUUUAUUUAUCGGGAGAAAAUCUUAUUUAUCGUGAUUCAAGUUUAUCAAAUGAUUUAAUUAUUGAAUUAAAUAAUCAAACAUUUAAACAAUGGACAUUAUUUCAUUUUCAAUGGUUAGAAAAUUCAACAUUAAUAUUCAAUUAUUCCUAUACAUAUUCAAUUAAUAUAACAUUCGAUGAAAUAUUUUUAUUAAAUGAUCAAAUUGAAUUAACAAUUGGUAAUGGUUUUCGUGGAUGUUUAGAAUAUGUUUUAUUAGGUGAUAAUCUUUAUGUACCAUUUUAUAAAGAUUUAAUCAAUGAAAAUAAUAAUAAUAAUACAUAUAUAAAUCGAAUACAAAUUGAACAAAUUGAAAAUAUUCAAAUAAAUAAUUGUUCAUUUACGAAUAUAUGUGCAAAUCUUACUUGUCAUAAUGGACAAUGUAUUAAUGAUUUUGAUCGAGGAAAAUGUUUAUGUAAUCAUGGAUGGGAAGGAGAUUAUUGUGAAAAAAAUAUUGACGAAUGUCAACAAGGAAAUAAUUGUUCAAUAGAACAUAGUACAUGUGAAGAUCAUAUCGAUGGUUAUUAUACAUGUAAAUGUCAACAAGGUUUUACUGGAAAAUAUUGUGAAACCAAUAUUGAUGAAUGUUCAUCUUCUCCAUGUGCUAAUCAUGGAAUUUGUACAGACUUAAUUAAUGGUUAUCAUUGUAAUUGUACUGAUAAUUAUAUAAGUUCAAAUUGUUCAAUAUCUCUUAAUGAAACUUGUUUUGGUCGUUUAAAACCUUGUCAAAAUAAUGGAACAUGUAUUUUAAAAAGUACGAAUCUUUAUGUUGAUUAUCCUGAAACAGAAUGUCAAUGUCAGGAUGGUUAUAAUGGUCAAUGGUGUGAAAAUGAUUUAUGUUUAAAAUUAAAUUGUCAACAUAAUGGUACAUGUCAAAGAUUAUCCAAUGGACAAGCUAAAUGUUUAUGUACUGAACAAUGGAAUGGAACUGAAUGUCAAACGGAUGUUAAUGAAUGUAUUAUGAAUAAAACGAAUUUAUGUUUAAAUAAUGGUACAUGUAUAAAUUAUCCAGGUGGUUAUACAUGUCAUUGUUCGGAAAAUUAUCUUGGAUAUCAUUGUGAACGAAAACAUAUAUGUUUAGAACAUACACCAUGUUUUAAUAAUGGACAAUGUCGACCGGAUAGUGAAAAUUAUUAUUGUGAAUGUUCAUCAAAUUUUACAGGUUUACAUUGUGAAUUUCCAACAUGUGAAUCAGCACCUUGUAGAAAUAAUGGAACAUGUAUACCAGAUAGUGAACGAGGAUUUCAAUGUAAUUGUACAGAAACAGGUUAUGAAGAUGAAAAAUGUAUGACUGAAAUUAAUGAAUGUCUUAGUAAUCCAUGUCAAAAUAAUGGAAGUUGUAUUGAUCAAAUUCGUGGAUAUAUAUGUGUAUGUCCUAAAUCAUUUAUGGGACAUCAAUGUCAAAAUAAGAAAUUUCUCGCUUUACUUGGAUUUUCUUAUCAUUAUGUUAUAUGGCCUGGUAUAGCUAUUCUAUUAUUAUUAGUAAUUAUUCUAUUAACAAUUGUCAUUAGUCGUAUACGUGAAAGUCGACGAUCACGUGGUACAUAUAGACCAGCAUUAAAUGAAAAUGGUCAAAGUUCGCGUGUAGAAUUUAGUAUGAUUUUAAAACCACCACCUGAAGAACGAUUGAUAUGA